AGUAAACGAGUGUUCAGGAAACGAGAGUUUUAAUUAAUUGGUGCUCCACCAUCGUUUUUGUACGAACAUGAGAAUGAUUACUGCCUUAAAAAAUGUUCAUGAAAAUUCCGGAUUAUUGAUGAUGAAGCUAAGAGUGAUUAGAGUUUACCACGUUCCUGCUCAUUCUCGAGGGCCGGAAUCAUUGGAUAUUGUUUUCCACGACUCAGAGGUAUGACAGACGAACAAAAGAAGAAAAAGGUUAGAGGUGCAGGAAAGUGCGAGAAGCUGUAUAAGAGAAGGAGGGAGGGUCACCCGCCUAUAGAGCUUGAGUGGGAGCGUGGGGAGCCUGUACGUGGACCGUAUGUUUUGGAGUUUACUGGGCUUGUAGGGUUUGAGGCCCGAUCGAGAGUGCCGAUUACUCAUAAUAAUUGGCAUGAUGUCCCGAAAGACCUGAAGGCCAUGGAUAUAUAUGUGAUACCUCCCAAUGGGGUCCGGCAUGUCAUGACGGUUGCCGGGUCGAGACAUCGCACUUUCAGGACAUUUUUACGAGGAGCCUAUUUGAUGGAAGGUGGGGAUCAUUACGGUGAGGCUCCCUUUGAUCUUUACACCUGCAUAGAGCCAGAGCAUUGGGAGGAGUUUCAGAUCCAGAUGGGGACUCCGGAAGCUAAGGCAACCACUUCUGCCGAUAUCGCUUGUUCGUCUACCGAGACGGUUUCUCAGCUUGGACGGGAGGACUCUUGGUUGAUGCGAGGUCACACCCCGGUGAGGCAUGCAGAAGUUACGGACCCUGCACCACUAAUGGAGAUUCGUGAUAGGAUAGUCCAGCUGAAGAAAGAGGUCGCAGCCGGUACCUUUGUGCCAGAUGGGCACAAUGAUGUACUGACUAGAGCUUUAGGGACUGCCAAGCACCCGAGGUGGACCAGGGGUGUUGGGUCAUAUUCGGGCUUACGUAAAGUUUUCAAAGGCAACAUGAAGCCUCGUAAGCCUGAAGGUAACUAUAUGACUCAGGAGGAUCUUUUGCAGCGUCUUCCUUCCCUUCUACAACAGGAGGUCAGGCUUUCGUGCGCCUACUACAGUGGGCCCGUCCAGGAACCUUUGGGAUCCAACGGGUUUUCAUCAGGUGGGCUUUGUAUGAGUACUAUCGGUACCGGAAGUGUGUCAAGUGUUGACUCCAGUCGAACCUUCAUGCUCGGUAAGAGACGAAAGAACAAGAGGAAAAGUUACGAUUCAAAAGAGUGCUACCAACGUGCACACCGCAAGGCUCGGAUAGCAAAGUUAAGAAUCUGGAAGCGCCGGAAGGCAGCAUGGGAAAGAGAUGACCCAGAGGAAACGUUCAGCGUGGACUCUGCUAAUAGCAUCUGCGGCGCAGGUGGGGAUAAUCCUCCAGUGGACUCAGCCUGACCAGACGAGUGGGAGUGGGUUGCCUGCUAACUGACGACAUGGUCGAAGCUGUAAUCAAUGCAACAUUUCGUU